AUGAUUUGGUUUAUAAUAAAUUUGCUUGCAUGGACUAUUACAAUAAUUCCUAUUUUAAAAUUUGUAUUUAUACCAUGGCAUCGUAAAAAAUGUCGUUCAUGGACAAUAAAUGAUCGACAAUCACGUUUAAGUGUUGCUUUUUUUCAUCCAUAUUGUAAUGAUGGUGGAGGUGGUGAGCGUGUUUUAUGGACUGCUAUUGAAUCGAUUUUGAAAAAAUAUAAAAAUGAUAUUCAAAUAAUUGUUUAUACAGGUGAUAUAAAUGCAACACCUGAUGAAAUUCUUCAUCGUGUUAAACAACGUUUUGAUAUGAAUAUGGAUAUUUAUCAAUCAUCAAUAACAUUUAUUUAUCUUCGAACACGUGGUUUUGUUGAAGCUAAAUAUUAUAAAAUGUUUACUUUGUUAGGACAAAGUAUCGGUUCAAUGAUUUUAGGUUUCGAAGCAUUGAUACGUUUUAUACCUGAUAUUUAUAUUGAUUCAAUGGGUUAUGCAUUUACAUAUCCAUUAUUUUAUUAUUUAGCAUCAAUACCAAUAUUUGCUUAUGUUCAUUAUCCAACAAUAAGUACAGAUAUGCUUGAACGAAUUAAAGAACGACGAUUAACUUAUAAUAAUCGUCGUUUAAUAGCUAAUAAUUCAAAUGUUAGUCAAAUAAAAUUAAUUUAUUAUCAUAUAUUUGCAUAUAUAUAUGGUUGGUGUGGUCAAUGUGCUCAAAUAGCUUAUUGUAAUUCAACAUGGACACAAGGACAUAUAAAACAAAUAUGGAAAUUACCAUUGAAUUCAAUUUAUCUUGUUUAUCCACCAUGUGAUGUUAAACAAUUUUUAUUAAUGCCAUUAGUUAAUGACGAUGAACAAAUAAUAAAAACAAUUGUAUCUGUUGGACAAUUUCGACCAGAAAAAGAUCAUGAAUUACAAAUACGAUCUUUUCAUGAACUUUUACAAAGAAUUCCUGAACAUCGUCAAAAAUUACGAUUAAUACUUAUUGGUAGUGUAAGACAUGAAGAUGAUAAAAAACGUGUUGAAAAAUUACGAACACUUAUUGAAAAUUUAAAUAUGAACGAUGAAGUAGAAUUUAAAUUAAAUAUUAAUUUUACAGAAUUAAAAAAUGAUUUAAAUAAAGCAAUGAUUGGAUUACAUACAAUGUGGAAUGAACAUUUUGGAAUAGGUAUUGUGGAAAUGAUGGCUGCUGGCGCAAUUGUUCUUGCACAUAAAUCUGGUGGUCCAAAAAUGGAUAUUAUUGAUGAAGGUCAAACAGGUUUUCUUGCUACUGAUAUUGAUUCGUAUGCAACAACAAUGCGGCAAAUACUAGAAAUGAAAUCGGAUGAACGUCAACAAAUACGUGAACGUGCACGUGAAAGUGUUGAUCGUUUUAGUACAAUAAAUUUUGAAAAACGAUUUAUGGAACCAUUGGAUAAAAUUUUAUCUCAUUAA